GCUGCGGAACCAGAGAAGGCCUGUGAGGAGCUCAUGAGAAGAGAAGCCGAGAUUGAAGGCCUCACCAAGUCCGGCCACCAGGCCCUGGUGCUUGGCAAUGUGGAGGAGGCCUUGUCGUGCCUCAAGAAGGCUUUUGACCUCUCCGUGGAAACCCCGAGUCCGCAGGCCCAGAAGGUGUGCGCUUUCAAUCUCGGUGCAGCCUAUGUGGAGGCCGGCAUACCGGAGAAAGGCCUGGAGUUCCUCCUGCAAUCCCAGCCUGGGGAGGGGGAAGCCGCUGAGCACCACGGGGACCUUUUCUUCAACAUCGGAGCUGCCCACGAGGCCCUGCGGGAUUUCCCCAAGGCCUUGGAGUCUUUCCGCAAGGCCCAGGGCCAUUACCAUUCCAUCCAGGCUGGUUGCGAGGCUGGCACCUAUAUGAAGAUGGGCUACUGUUAUCUAGGCAUGGAAGACCCUUCGCGGGCCGCCCAGUGCUUCCUGGGAGCCGGCCGGGCCUACGCAGAAGUGGAGAGCCUGGAGGCUGCUGCAGUAGCCCUCAGCGAAGCGGGCAACCAGAUGCUGCAGAGCCGACAGCACGGGGCCAGUGAAAUCGUCAAGGUGUUGAACGAGUGUCGCUUGAUGUGUGAGCAAAUCCCAAACAGAGCCUUUCUCGGAAAGCUCUACAAUGAUAUUGGGCUCAUCUUCUCCCAGCUCAAAAUCUUCUCCUUGGCGGCUGAAAGCUUUGAGAGGGCUCUCCCACUCUGCCAAACAGAUGCUGAUGACCCACGCAGAGAAGCGGCUGUCCUUCAGAACCUUGGAGCCACACAUAAUACCCUUGGGGAUUUCUGCGCGGCCAUGGGCUUCCACCAGAGAGCCGCUUCCUUGCACAGUACCCUGGGGAACAGGAGAGCCCAAGGGCAGUGUUUUGGCAACUUGGCCUAUGCAUUUAGCCAACUGGGUGAUCAUGAAGCUGCUGGGGAAAAUUACCUCCACGCACUCCAGGCCUUCAAGGACUCAGAUGACCUUCAAGGCCAGUGGCAAGCUUGCGAAGGGCUGGGGGCAUCACACUUCCACCUGGGAGACCCCGGAAAGGCCAUUUUGUAUUAUAAAGAGGCACUAACUUUGAUCUCUAAAUGCCAGGACAUCUCAGAAACAGCACCAGAGCGAAUCGUGAACAAACUUACAGAUGCCCUCCAGUACAAGCUGUCUAUGAACAGCCGGAUCUCCUGUGGCGAUGGGAUUAUGCCAUCUGCUCCCAUGAAGCACUUCUCUACCUCCCAGGCCCCAAGCCAGGUUCACUUUGCGAUGUCGCUGCAUCACAAGAAAGAGAACCUCCCUCCGGCAGCAGGCCGCCUACAUGAGUCGUCUGUCGCACAACACUGCCACCAAGCUGAGAAGCCUCCUGCCUCUGCCCCAUUGAAUCAGAGAGCACUUCAGUGGGGCGAAGUUGCAGUCCCUCAGACUAACCAGCUGCAACCACAGCAGGCAGGACCUGGGGCAUCAGCUGCAGCUGCGCUGGCAACCCAGGAAAGCAGUGCUUUCACUCUUGGCAUUCCGAAUGGACACGCAGUGAUGGUCAGCAACAGCACGGAAGACCCCGCACAGCCUGCAGCCCUUCCUGACUCUCACAACCAGGUGCAGGCUAGCAGCAAUCUCAACACUUUUCCAUACCCGGAUCCCUUCUACCACAGCUGCCUCCAGAACAGGAAGUUCCAUCACUCACAAAGAUCAGGCCACCACGAGUGCGAAACUGUCCGGCUGAGGAUGAGGACUUUGGACAGGGCAGCAGCUUCUGCAGCUCACUUCCCCAGCCGAAGUUUGGAGCCCAGCCAACAGGGAUGGAGGAGCAGGUUCAAAUCCACCGUGUGUGUCCUGAUGUGACAGCACCUUGGCGCUGGACCGACCAACUGAGAGGCGUUCAAGAGGUGUUGUGUCAUUCCGGUCGGGAAAGGAACGCCACCCGCAAACUCCAGUACGCAGAUGCUCUGAUGGACACGAGGAGCCUGUUGGUCAGGCCAAAGUGGGUCGAUCUUGUCCCCCAACCUGUCCUCAACAGGGGUUCACGUUCAAUGCGCCUGUGAUGAUUCCAGACACCCCAACAUUGUCAGUGCACUGAUGGCACCAGUUUCAACACAGAGGUCUUGGACCUUUUCUGUCUUCCGUUGAUGAUCACUCUGCCCAAGACCGAAUCAUCAUUGUCUGCUGAGGCAUGGCACCUGCACAGCCGGCAGGAACAUGACAAGAGUCCA